CGCGGGGCCUGCCGGGAGGCGUAGUUCCGGGCCGCGCUCGCCGUCGUCGCUGCCUCCGCUCCGGCCGCGGCCCGCGGAGAGGCCCAACUCGAGCUCGGUGGGGCGCGGGAGGCUUUGACUGGAGCCCGUGCGGCGUCUCCACCACCCCCGGGAGCCCGCCGGUUAGCAGCGGCCCCCUCCGAGCGGCCGGCCUUGCCCGCCUCGCACGACGGCCCUGCCAGGUGGGACGGCCGAGCAGAUUUGAAUGUGACCUGUAGAAGAGGCGAAGAUGUCGCUUCACAACACCAGAGCCUCGGUGCUCCUGGCCUGGGUGAACAGCCUGAAGCUGGGCGAUGCCGUCACUUCGUUGUCUGAGCUCCAGGAUUGCAGCCUCUUCCUCAAGAUCAUUGGCAAAAUACAUGGCACAGAAGAGGGGCAGGAUGUUUCCCAGCAGAGUGUGGCAGAGCGGGUGAGCCAAGUCAUCAGCUUCCUUCAGAAAAUCUGCAAGCACAAAGCCUCCCCGCGCAGUCUGGUGUCCAAGGAGAAGCUCUUGGCAGCGGAAGAACUGGAGUUAGCCAAGGUGGUGAUGCUGCUCUUGUACUAUGCUUCCAUGAGCGAUAAGAUCCCUCGGGAGUGGACCACGCUCGAAUACGACCUGCAGACGGAGAUGGCCAAGUUCCUGAACUUCAUGCUCUACAACGAAGACUGUCUCAGUGAAGAUCUGGAGAACUUUCUCCAAAAGAAAAUGCCAGCCUCCUCAAGGACCUCCAGUGCCAGCUCAGAGGAGGUCACCCCACCCAAACGAGGGGUGCCUUUCCUGAAACUACACAAGAUCGCAUCUUCUUCCAGCAUGAACAAGCCGCUCCCUGGCUCCUCCUCCUCCUCCUCCUCCUCCUCCUCCUCGUCUCCCAUGGGGGAGAUCAUGCAGACCCCCCAGUUCCAGAUGCGGAGGCUGAAGAAGCUGCUGGAAGCUGAGCGAGAGAACCGCGACGAGCUGGAGCAUGAAUUGGCCGAGAACCGGAAGCUCCUAGAUGAGAAAGAUACGCGCAUCCUGAUGAUGAAGCAGCGCAUCGACCGCCUCACCCUCCUGCAGGAACGGCAGGCGGCUGCGGAUCAUCUGGAGCCCAAGGAGAUGGAGGAGCUCCGGGACAAGAACGAAAGCCUCCUCCUCCGCCUGCAUGAGACUCUGAAGCAGUGCCAGGAUCUGAAGACGGAGAAGGGGCAGAUGGACCGGAAGAUCAACCAGCUCUCCGAGGAGAACGGAGAACUCACUUUCCGGCUCCGAGAGUUCGCCCGCACCUUGACGGAGCUCCAGGAAGCCAUGAAUGAAAUGUGUGAAGGGCAGGACAAGUCCCUGAAGGAAUGGGAGGAGCGGAGGAGUCGCCUGGAAGCAGAGCUCCACAGGGCCCUGAGUGAGAAGAGAUGCCUGGAAGAGAAGGUGGAGAUUCUGCAGGGGAAGAUCUCCCUGCUGGAGGACCAGCUGGCCAAGCUGACCAAGGAGACCAGCUCCCUGCCGGUGAAAGGAGAAGUCCUGGGCGACGUCUUGAAGCUCGAAGGCCUGAAGCAGCAAGUGGCCAGCCUGAGCAGCCAGCAGGCCGAACUGCAAGCCACCGUCCUCCGUCUGGAAGAAGAGAAGCGCCUUCUGGAGGCCAACCUCCAGGCCGAAAGGAGAAGCUUCGAAGCGGAGAAAGCCCAGCUGACGGGCCUCCUGACGGAGCUGCAGAAUUCCAGCUCCGAAAUUUCUCGCGCCAAGGAGAAGCUGGAACAGGACUGCCGGGCCCAGGAGGAAUGCUUGAUCGCCCAGGCCAACACCCUCACGGCGGAGAUCUCCAAGCUGACGGGCUUCCUUCGCCAGAGGGACGAGGAGCUGCUGGCUCUGCACCAGCAGGUGGAAGCUGAGAGGAGCCAGAAGAGCCAGCUGGCCGAAGACUGGGAGAAGAAGGAGCAGAGGUCUCGGGCAGCCAUCGAAGACCUGAGCCACCAGGUGGAUCAGCUGAGCAGCUCCCUGAAGCAAAGCAACCAGAAGGUGUCCCAGAUCGAAGCCGCCAGCCAGGAAGAGUACAACCGGAUCGCCCAGGAGAAGGAGCUGGCCGUAAGGCAGCUCCAGGAGAAAGAAGCCGAAGUGUCCUCCUUGGCCGAGCGGCUGCAGUCCCUGGAGCACGCUCGGACCUCUUCUGCUGUGGAGCUCCACCAGGAGAAGAUGGAGGCCACUCAGAAGAUCCAGGCGCUGGAGGCCAGAGUCGUGGCCCUUACUGCCCAGGGCCAGCAGAGCGAGGCCCAGGCGGCGGCCAUCCCAGCCUUGAAAAGCCAGCUGCGGGAAGCUCAGCAGAAGCUGGCCGAGAAGGAGAAGCUGGCCAAGGAACAUACCCGUCUUCAGGAGCGGCUGAUGGUCCUCGAAGAGUCCGUCCGCAACACCGAGGGGAUCCUGGAGGACGAGAAGAGGAGGGCGGCCGAGUCCCUGGAGAGCAACCUCCGGCAAAUCGCAGAGCUGGAAGAGCAGGUCCAGGAGCUGACCAGGCACAAGGACCAGGCGGUGGAAGGGAUGGCCGAGGAGAAGGCCAGGAGGGAAGCCCUGGAAGGCCAGAUGCAGCGACUGGAAGAGGAAUCCAGGAGGAAGCUGGAAGAGCUGCAGCGUCAGCUGGCUGAGUUGCCCCUUGCCAAAAGGGAGCUGACCGAACGGAGUGGGCCGGAGCAAAGCGGCCCGAAGUUCCAGGCUGACCAGAAGAAGUUGGCAGAGCUGGAAGCCCAGCUGAAAAAUCUCAGCGCCCAACACCAAGAAGCUCUGACUGCCGUUCAGGCCAAAUUGUCUCAGUCCGUUUCCCAAGUCAAGGAGAAGACGAGCUCGGAAGAGAAGCUCCGAGCUAAAGUGGCCACCUUGGAGAAGCAGGCGGCUACCACCCGUCAGGAAUUGGCUCAGGCCAAGCAGGACGGGCACGAGGCUGUCCAGGAACUUGAAGAGGCCCUCGUGAGGCUGGCUCAAGAGCAGCUCAAGAGAGAGGAGCUGGAAGGCAGAGUGAGGCAGUUGGGAGAGCAAAGCAGUGAAGAUCUGACCACGGCCGAGUCCAGCUUGUCCAGCCUCAAGUCCGCUCUGAAGGAGAAAGAGCAGGAGGUGGAACAGGUCUCUGCCCAGCUGAAGACGCUGAAGGCCGAGUUGGAGGAGACUCUGCAGCAACAGGAAAGUCAGCUGGCUCGGCACCAGGAGGAAGCCAAGCGGUUGGCGGAGGAAGAGGAGCGAACCCACGCCGAGCUGGCCGUGGAGAAGGCCCAGAAGGUGGCCCUGGAGGUGCAGCUGCAGAACCUCACCAAUGAGCACCGGGUGGAGGUCUCCAGCCUCCAGGAGGAGGUGGCCAGGGCCCAGGACCUGCUGGGCGAGAAGGAGAGGGAGCUGGAGGAGCUGCGGCUAAAGAACGUCUCCCGCUGCGAGGAGUUGAGGGACCUGCAGAAGACGGUGAGCAAGCUGAAAGGAGAGCUGGCCUCGGUGGAGGCGCUGAAGGAGAGGGAAGCCAAGAUGGAGAACGAGCUGCAGGGCUUCCUGGAAGUGGCCAGGACCCGGGAAGCCGAGAUCAACGGCCUGAAAGCCCUGGUGCACUCCAAGGAUGCGUCCCUCAAAAGCCUGGAGGAGCAGAAACUCCACUUGGAGAAGGAGUCGGUCACCCUCCGGGAGAUGUACGAGAAGCAGCUGAAGGAGGGCAAAGAUCUCCAGGGCCAGGUCGGCAAGCUGGAGAAGCUGACGGCCGCCUCUAAGGAGCAGCAGCACGCCCAGGCGGAGGCGUUGAAGCGGGAAGCGGGCCACCAGAGGCAGAAGACCUCCGAGUUGGAGAAGCUCCUGGAGGCCUCCAAGGCCACCGUGGAGAAACUGAAGAGGGAACUCCUGCAGACGGAAGAGGAGCUGGUGCGGAGCCGGAAGGCCGUGUCAAGAGCCGAGGAAGAGUUGGCCUCCCUGCGGACCUCGGCUCAGGAGAAGGACAGGCUGGAAGAGAGCCGGAAAGAGCAGAUGUCCCGCUACCGCCAGGAAGCGGAGCGGAAGGCCAGCCACAUCAACAGUUUGGAGCAGGACAGGUCCAUCCUGCACCGGCAGCUGAUGGAGAAGGAAGCGGAGAGCAAGGACCUCCGGCGCCUGGUCAUGGCCGAGUCGGAGAAGAGCAAGAAGCUGGAGGAGAGGCUGAGGCUCCUGCAGUCCGAGAUGGCCACGGCGGCUUCCCGGGCGGCAGAGAGGUGCUCGGCGAUGAAAGCAGAAGCCCAGAGCUCCCAGGAGCAGGCCGAGAAGCUGAGGCUGUCCGUGGAGACCCUGAAGAAGGAGCUGAGCGGGCUCUCCAAGCGGGAGGAGGCCCUCGGCCAAGAGCUCAAGUCCUGGCAGGAGAAGGCUUUCCAGAAGGAGCAGCUGCUCGCAGGACAGCAGCAGGAGUUGGCCGGAGCUCAGGCUUUGAUUGGUGAGCUGAUGCCCCUCAAGGGCUUGUACCAGCAGCUCCAGGCCUCGCAGGCCUCGCAGGGGGACAAGCAUCGGGAAGAGGUGGAGCAGCUGCAGAAGACCACCGGCCUCCUGCAGGCGGAGCUGAGCAGGACCAAGCAGGAGCUCUCGGAGACCUCCUCCGUCAAGGAGAGCUUCCUCCAACAAGAGCAGCUUCUCCAUCAGCUGCAAGCGGAGAACAGCGGGUACGUGGAGCGCCUGGCCGCCCUCCAGCGGGCUCACACCCAGCUGGCCGAGGAGAAGAGGGAGCUGGCCGAGAAGGCCACCCAAGGGCAGCAGAGCCUGGACAGGGAGUUGGCCCAGCUCAAGCAGAAGCACGCUCUGGAGCUGGAGGCCACCCGGAUGGACUCUGAGAAGCUGGUGGCGGGGAGCAAGCGGGAGGCUGAGGAGGCUCAGAAGAAGCUGGAGGCCAUGGCCAAGACCUACGAGGACACCAAGCGUCAGCUGACAGCUCAGGCAGAGAAGCUGGAGAAACAUCAGCGGGAACAAGCUAAGCAGGUGGAUGAGCUGAAGAAGAAGCUGGUUCAGCAAGAGAAGGCCGCCCAGACCCAUCAGCAGAAAGCGAAGGUGCGCGAGGAGGAGCUCCGUUCGGAGAUGAAGCAGCUGAAGGAGAAGACGGCGGAUCUUCAGGCUCAGCUGGUGAAGAAGGAACAGGCUGCCGAGCAUUACAAGGCUCAGAUGGAGAAGGCAAGGACGCACUACGAUGCCAAGAAACAGCAGAACCAGGAGCUGCUGGAGAAGCUGAAGGGCCUGGAGCACCUGGAGAAGGAGAACGCCGAGCUGAAGGCCGAGUCGGAGCGCCUGGCCAAGGAGUUGCAGCGCACAGCCCUGCAGGCCACCGAGUCAGAGCUCAGCCUGAAGAACCUCACCAGCCAAGUCCGGGUCCUGCAGGCGCAGCUGGACUUCUCGGAUCGGCAGCUUCGAGAGCAGGGCAAGGUCCAGGCAGCCCUGGAGACCCUCAAGGGCCGGGAGACCUUCAGGCAGAGCUCGGCCGAUAUCAGCACGGACAGCCUGGACUUGAGCACCAGCGACGAAGGGCAGCCCCUUAACUCCACCAGCAGGAAGACCCGCCGCUCUUUGUCCGAAUCGGGGGCCGUGGAAUCGUCCAAGACCUCCCAGGCGCUGCCCCACAAGAGGGACUCCUUGGAGAGCCUCUACUUCACCCCCAUCCCCACCCGCUCACGGUCCAAGCUGGAGAACAGCAUUGACUCCAUCGGCAAUAUCACCUUGGACUCCGGACGGAAGGCGCUCUCUGGCCGUCGGCGCACCACACAGCUGAUCAACAUUACCAUGAUCAAAAAACACCCCAAGCUGGAACCUCUGGACAGCACCAAUGAGUCUUUUGUCAGCCUGCGGUCCUCCGGCUCAGGGGACAGCGGCCAGGAGUCGGUCAAGACCCGCCUGCGUUCGGCGGCGGCGGCUUCCUCCUCCACCCGCUCUCUGGCCAGCCUCCCCUCCCAGGAGUCCCUCAUCAGGCUGUCCGCCUCUUCACCCGAUGGCACCUCUGGCCACGCCGCUCUGAAGAGCCUGCCUGGCUACCGACCGGCCACCCGCAGUUCUCUGAGACACUCCCAAGGCGGGGGUGCAAACACCGGCCGCAGCAGUUUCUACGCAGCCUCCUGUGACGAUGAGCCUGAGCAGAUGGACAGCUGGAACCGCAUCGCAGAGCUUCAGCAGCGGAACCGCAUCUGCCCGCCUCACCUGAAGACCUGCUACCCUCUGGAGUCCCGGCCCUGUCCACUCCUGACCACCAUCACGGACGAAGAGGUGAUGACCGGAGACCCCAAGGAGACCCUCCGACGGGCCAGCAUGCUGCCCUCCCAGAUUGUGGAGGGCCCCAGCACCCGCCGCAGCACGCUGAGUGCCGCCUGGGCACUGGGAGGGGUGGCCACACGGCAGCAGCGGAAGCGCCUUUCGGACGAACCCCAGACGGGGCCGGGGACCCCCGAGGCCAAGAAAUCCUCCGCCUGCUUCCCCCGGCCCCAGACCCCCAAAGGGAGGGCUGAGGAUCGCAAGCAGGGCCCCCCGGGGGGUGAGAAGAAGAGCAAAGCCCAGCCAACAGACAAGCAGUCUGAGAGGCGUCACUCACUGGCCUUCAGCAUCCUGAACACCCCGAAGAAACUGGGGAACAGCCUCUUGCGCCGUGGGGCCAAUCGUAAGGUGACUCCCAAAAAUUCCCCUCGGAGUGGCAGCCGGAGGUCUCCAAGGAACGCUGCGCCUUCAAAGGGCAAGGCCAAGUCCCAGAAGGUGAAGGUCUAGCUCCCUUCGUUUUGGCUGCCGAUUCCACCGUGUUACAUCUCUCCCUGGAGGAAAGGGAGGAGGGGGCCGCUGCCCCUCUGCCGCUGCCAGCCCCCCGCAUCCCCCUGCGUCCUCUCCCCCUGCCUCAAGCAGGCCUAGGAACUUGGCCUUCUCGCCUCCCUCCCUGUCCCAGCCUGGGUGGUUCACAGCCUCUGUGAGUGUAGGUGCCUUCCUUCCCUUCUUCCUUCUUCCUCUGUUUAUCCUCUUUUUUUUCCCCUUCCCCCUUUUACCUCUGUGCCUUGCCUUUCCCUUUCCCUCCCUCCUUUUAUCUUUCCUUCCUUCCUUCCUUCCUUCCUUCCUUCCUUCCUUCCUUCCUCCCUCCCUCCCUCCCUCUUUCUCCGUUCCCUUCCCCCACUCAUUCAGGGCCAUGUGGUUGGCAUCCCAAGGCCUUGGGGGGGGGGGUCUUCUCCCUCCUGCCGAUGCGCCCCCCUCGUGGUCUUUUCCGUUCUCGAUUCCUUGUACUUCUGGGAGGGCUCAGCCUUUGGCCAAGAGGUGAGGUGGGGUCCUGCUUCCUAGCCCUUGGGCCUUCUCGGGGCACCCAGAGAUCGUGCCCUGGCAGAGGAUGGGAGGCUCUGCCAUUCCAUUCGGGAGGGGGGGAGGGAGAGCUUGGGCACGCGCCUCUCUUUCUGUCACAGCUGUACUUAGCGCCCUUGCUUCGUAUCGCAAUCUGUAGAGCCUGGGUUGGAGCCAGGGAGUUUUCCAGGUUGGGGUGCCAGAAACUCACCUGGAGCAGGUAGGCAGUCAGGGUGGGGGUGACCCUGGGUGGCAGAUCAGACGGGGUGCACUUCUGCACCAGGCCUGGGCCACAACUGAGCGGUGCCCAGAAGCCGUGGGGCCGCCCAGGACCGGCUGGGUCUGGGGAACAGUCCCAGCCCUCGGCUCUCAACCGGAGACCCCCAACUGGAGGGUGAGAGGGAGACCCUGACGGAAGGAGGCUCCCAGGCUGAGGGGGGGGCACCACCUGGGGUCUUCCCCUGCUUGCAACCCUCUACUACUCUCGCCUUUGUAGAGACUUUAGCAGGAAAUGUGUCAUUUUAAAUAAUGUUUCUACUUGUAAAUAAAUGGUAUUUUUCUCCCGAGAGUGGUUGGAA